AUGCCCGUUGCUCAGCAGAACGAGAGGCCACAAGUGCCAGAACAUAUCCAGUCGCACCUUGAUGAGAUACACAAGACCGCUGAGGCCGCCGAGGCCGCAAUCAAAGCUGGAAACACUGAGCUGGCAACAGAGCUCAAGGCUCAACUGAAGCAUUUGUUCGAGAAUGCUCCAGAGGAUGCCAAAACAGGCGGCUUCAUUGGUUCCGGUGGCAACAACAUACCUGUACCGCCAAAAGACGAUCCGGAAGAUUUGCCCGAGUCUCAAAAGCAGAUUAAUGCUGAGCUUAAAGAACUUGCUACUGCUCUCCACAAGGCAAUUCAAGACGAGGAUGACGAGACUGCAAAAGAACUGCGAGCCCGGAUAAGUGCUCUGAGGCAGAAAUCCCAUCAAGAGUCUAAAAUUACCCCUAAGGCUGCUGGCUUCUUCGAGUUGUGGAUUGAAAUUCACAACCUAGACUCAAGCCGUCUUUUUAAUGACGGAGGAUGGGAUGUCGCACAUGGAUGGUUUGAGUCAGGCAGGGUAGCAGACUCUCUUGGGUAUGGGGAUGUGGCUUAUAUUCAUAUGGGUGGUGCUCCAGGCCCAGGGAUUUUCUGCACUGCUUAUUACAGCUACCAGGAUGGCGCAGCGUAUUCUGGAUCUUUUACGUGGACUUCUGAUGAUUUGCGUGGGUAUAGCAACGGUCGAUGGGACAGCUGGCAUUCCUUUGACGGCCGGAUUGUCCGCUUUUACGUUCAACAGAGGUGA